UACCCUAGUGUUGCGAGAUUAUCGGGUUUCUGAUGAGUUAUCAGCCGCGCCAACCAAAAAGGUUAUCCUCCAACCGCGUCCCCCGCUUGUUGACGGAUUCUUGGGGCGCGAGGAUAUACUCGUUGCUAUGCGCCGCGCUCACUUUGAGGACAUCUCCACUCGUCGAUACACACCUUUGAUCACAGUUCUGACUGGUCUAGGGGGAGCGGGUAAAACUCAGGUUGCAUUAAAGUUUGCGUCAGAAUAUGAAGAAAAGUACCAGGACUCGCCUGUAUACUUUCUGGAUGCGUCAUCUAAGAUGACCUUGGAAGCGGACCUUCAGACUCUUGUUCGCUCUCAAUCUGAGGUCUAUACCGAUGCCCUGCUCUGGUUGGCGACCGGAAAGAAGGACUGGUUGGUCAUAAUGGACAAUGCGGACGAUCCAUCUCUCGAACUGGCUCGCUAUCUCCCGCGCUGUGCGCAUGGUCACGUGAUCAUCACGACCCGUAACCCUCUUCGAGAAACCCUCGCUCCCAACUCCACUCACGAUGUCUCUUUUUUUUCACUGGAAGACUCAACGAAUUUACUUUUGGAUGCGUCUGGAUACGAAGAUAAUGAAGUCAAUAGAACUCUCGCCAAAGACAUUGCCCAGGAGUUGGGUGGCCUACCACUUGCUUUAGCGCAUGCUGGAGCAUACAUACUGGUUAAACAGUGCCUUCACACAUACCUCAACACAUACAAGGAGAGCCAUUCGCAGUUCCUUAGACGAAAGUUCGACUUGCCCCACGAUUAUCCUUACUCUGUGGCGGCUACGAUCGAAAUGUCUUUUGAGAAGCUAUCUCAUCAAGCUCAAAUACUGCUCAGGCUUUUGUCCCACCUCGGUCCUAGGUCUAUUCCUCAUAUCAUUCUCGAGCAAGCCGCACGACGACAAUUCCGAAGUGUGGCUAUGGAGACAGGACUGCCUCUCAAGACAGAGACCUUGCAGUAUGCGAGCACUCUUAUGAAGAUCAUCUGCCCCCGAGGAUCCUGGUUCACAUUGGAUUUCGAUGACUUGAUCGAGGAAUGCAAGAAGUAUUCACUAGUCAAUUUCUCCUCGGAAGGUGGACAAAUGUUCUAUUCAAUUCAUAUCCUCGUUCAAAACUUUUUGCAGUCGACCUCUGGACUACUGUAUAGCCAACCUCCCGGUCGACUCGUUGCUCGCCUCCUCGGCUCUACAAUCACCUACUCCGAGGACCACGAAUACGUUGCAUUUAAUCGACUCCUCUCCCCUCAUCUUCAGCUCGUCAACCCAGAUGACGUGAUAGAACCCGGAGACCAUUAUGGGUAUGGACAUGUCUUGCAAGAGAUGGGCGGAGGAAAGCUCGCAGUCAGCCAUAUGGAGCGGUGCUUGGAGUUAUGGACGACUUCUCUUGGAAGCGAAGAUGGGUUCACGUUGAAAGCCAUGGAAGUGCUAGCCCACUGCUAUAGUACGGUCGGACAGGAAGAGAGAGCCCUGAGCUUGAAAGAGAAGGUCGUAGAGGAUUGGAAAAAGCUCGUCGGUGUAAAUCAUCGCAACACUAUCGCUGCGAUCAAUAACUUGGCCAAUUCUUACUCCAAUCUUGGGCGUGACGAGGAGGCAUUACCGUGGAGAGAGGAAGUGGCGCGCAAGUGGAUAGAGUUGCUCGGUGAAGAUCAUCCUAUUACUCUUGAUGGGAUCGCCAACUUGGCGGUCUCCUAUUCCCACCUGGGCCGCUACAGGGAAGCUUUGCCAUUGAAGGUGAUGGUGAUGGAGAAACGGAGUGAUUCACUCGGUUGGGGUCACCCUGAUACCCUGGAUGCGAUUCGCAAUGUUGUCAGUUCCUUUUCUCACCUAGGACUAUAUGGUGAAGCAUUGGAAUUGAGUGUGAUAUUGACGAUGGAACGAACCAAACUCCUUGGAGAAGAUCACCCCGAUACUUUGAAGGACAUGGAGAGUCUUGCCGUCUGCUAUUCGAAUCUCGGGCAAGAAGACAAGGCAUUGCCGUUCAGAGCGAAACUGGCGCUCAAGCAGCGGGAGCUCCUAGGAGAAGACCACCUCAUUACUUUAGUAGCAAUGAACAAUCUCGCCAACUCAUACUCCAAUGUGGGGUUAGAGCAAAAGGCGUUGCCACUGAGAAGAAUUGUGGCCAAGAAACGGCACGAUCUGCUCGGUGCCGACCACCUGGAAACCUUGAGGGCGAUGGACAAUCUAGCGAUAUCCCUCUCGAGUCUAGGACAAGAGUGGGAGGCUUUCAUGUUGAGAGUAAAUGUGGUGGAGAAGUGGAAGAGGGUACUAGGAGAAGAUCAUCUCGAUACUUUGAUGGCUAUCAAUAAUCUCGCUAUCUCCUAUUCCAAUUUCGGUCAGGAGCGCGAGGCAGUGCUGUUAAGAAAAACAGUGAUGGAAAGGCGAAAAGUACUGCUCGGUGAAGGUCACCUCGAGACCCUGAGCGCAGCGAACAAUCUGGCUGCAUCCUAUUCGAAAUUGGGACAACACGAGGAGGCGCUGGCGUUGAAUAAGGAGGUGAUGGAGAAGCGAAGAGAAAUACUUGGUGAUGACAACAUGAAAACUCUACAAGCGAUCAAUAACUUGGCGGCUUCUUAUUCGAGUCUCGGAAGGCACGAGGAGGCGCUGCCAUUAAAAGAGGAGUUAGUGGAGAAAUGGAGAAAGCUGUAUGGUGGAGAUAACCACUAUACAUUGGUUGCGAUGCACAACCUUGCCAAUACGUACGCACAAGUGGGCCGAGAUGAAGACGCAUCAAGACUACAGAGGAUUAUCUCAGAGAAGCGUACCAAUCUCCUCGGAGGAUGA